AUGGACUUCCUUGACGACGACGCAGAUAUCAGCCUAGACGAUGAAUCACUACCUCCCAGCUCCCAAGACGACAACCCUCGUCGAUCUCGAAAACGCCAGCGUACCAACCAAUUCCAAUCAGAUGACGAAGAAUAUGAUCUUCCCUCAAACCCUGAUCAUGGAAGAGAAGAGAGUCGGCUAGGAUCUACAGAGGCGCACAGGUCAAAAUAUGAGGAUCGCAUUCACGUUCCGCAGUACGGAGAUCGGACAACCAAUACUUUUGUCACCCAGUUAACUCAACAAUGGUCUUCACCUUCAAGAAUAAGAGGUCCACGCUGGAUGAAGCCCCGAGCCGACUCACCCGCUUCUCCGGCCUGUUCACUGGGGAAAGGUAAAGUCAUGCCUUUAAAGAAACCACUACAGCCUGAACCGAGCUCAUGUACCGUUGAUGAGUUUGAGGAUGAGGAAGACGACCUGGUCUUGCUACAAGCCUUUGAGGCUGCAGCGGCGGCAGGCCAAACAGUUCAGAACGUGACUACGAGUUUCGGUUCCGAAACUGUGUUCUCGAAUUCCUCUGGACCCAUGAACUGUGUUCCCCUUCAGAAAUCGCAAUCUUUUCGCCAGACCACUCUUCAUGGAAUUCAAACAACGCAAAGAGCGCCUGCAAUGACACAAACACAGUCAAGAGCCCACAUUUGGCCUCUUUUAAAUCGAAAUGAACCGCCCACCCAUCACCGUCUCAACCCUGAAGCCAUGGCCACAUGGGUGUAUCCUACGAAUUUGGGGCGCAUCAGAGACUAUCAGUACAACAUCGUACACAAAGGUCUAUUCAACAAUCUGCUCAUCGCGCUACCAACUGGCCUGGGGAAGACGUUCAUAGCCGCUACCGUGAUGUUGAACUGGUUUCGAUGGACUAAAGACGCUCAGAUCAUAUUUGUGGCGCCUACGAAGCCACUCGUAUCCCAACAAGUUGACGCAUGUUUUAAUAUUGCCGGCAUCCCACGCUCACAGACCACUAUGCUGACUGGUGAAGUCGCGCCAGGAAUCCGCGCGGAAGAAUGGCAAGAGAAGAGAGUAUUCUUCUUGACACCACAAACCUUGAUCAAUGACCUGAAGAACGGCAUGUGCGACCCAAAGAAGAUUGUGCUGGUUGUGGUUGAUGAAGCCCACAAGGCCACCGGAAAUUACGCCUACGUUGAAGUUAUCAGGUUCUUGAGACGUUAUAACUCGAGCUUUCGGGUUCUCGCGUUGACUGCCACACCUGGAUCGACUGUAGAGUCGGUGCAGGCGGUGAUAGAUGGUCUUGGCAUCGCUAGAGUCGAAAUCAGGACCGAAGACUCUAUGGACAUCCGGGAUUUUGUCCAUACCAGAAACGUUGAAACUCAGAUCUUCGACAAUUCAGACGAGGUCACGAUGUGCCUGGAACUAUUUUGUGCUGCUACAAGGCCACUCUUGGCCAAGCUGUGCUCGCAAAAUGUGUAUUGGACAAAAAACCCCGAGUCUAUCACCCUUUUUGGUCUCAAAACCUCAUGUGACAAAUGGGCCAAAUCAGAGGCUGGUAGGAAUGCAAGCUUUGCAAUCAAGGGUAUGGUCAGGGCCGUAGCCACGGUGAUGAUGACUCUGGCCCACAAUUUAGAGCUGCUCAAAUACCAUGGCAUUGGUCCCUUCUAUCGUAAAAUGAAAGCUUUUGCAGAUAGCGCCAGCAGUGGAGGCAAAUACGCCAAACAGAUCGUAGAAGAUGAGAACUUCAAGAAACUCAUGAAUCGCCUGAGAAGUUGGGUCAACAACCCUGACUUUAUUGGCCACCCUAAGUUGUCAUACUUGAAGACAGUCAUCCUGAACCAUUUUAUGGACGCUGGAGAAGGGCAGGCAGGCUCGAAGACAUCAAACACUCGGAUCAUGGUUUUCGCUCACUAUAGAGACAGCGCCGAAGAGAUUGUGAGAGUGCUCAAGCGGCAUGGUCCAAUGAUUAGGCCUCGUGUUUUCGUUGGGCAGUCCGGUACGAAAGGCUCCGAAGGGAUGGACCAAAAAACCCAGCUGGAUGUUAUCAAAAAGUUUAAAGACGGAACAUUCAACACGAUUGUUGCGACAUCGAUAGGAGAAGAGGGCCUCGAUAUUGGGGAGGUGGACUUAAUUGUUUGCUAUGAUUGUUCGAAAUCCCCAAUUCGAAUGUUACAGCGCAUGGGCCGGACAGGUCGCAAGAGAGCUGGAAAUAUUGUCCUACUGUUGAUGCGUGGAAAGGAAGAGAGUGAUUACAUGAAGGCGAAGGACAACUACCAAAAGAUGCAGGCGAAAAUCGAGAGCGGUCGCGACUUUAAAUUCCAUGACGAUCUUUCACCACGGAUUGUGCCUCGAGACAUUGUGCCCGUGGUGGACAAAAGAGUGGUUGAGAUUCCAAUUGAAAAUUCUCAGGCAGGGACCAUCGAGCCGCGCAGGAAGAAAAGCAACAAUUUAAAGAAGCCGAAGAAGAAGUUCCGUAUGCCAGACGGGGUCGAAACCGGAUUUGCCUUUGUUGGAGCUGGCAAAAAGCAGGGGAAAGGUUUGAAAACGCGCAACCCCCUCAGUGAAUGCAAGAUCGAUCUCGACAUUGCCUUGCUCCCAUCAGUGAAGGAGGUGCUUUUAAAUGGGGACCAAGAGGGACAGCUGGAGUCAAACUACAUUCGUGUGGCCGGAAAGGAGGACCAAUUUAUUCAGGCUGUUCGGCUUGAUGCCUUUCCAGAGCAGCAGCAGGUAUUAGGCCCAUUCGAUUUGAUCAAGCACUCGCGGAUGACGAAUCAUCUGGUCAGGGCUUACGGAGCAAUGCGAAACCCACAUCAGGAUUGGACUAGACCAUCAAGAUACACAGAAUUCGACUCGUCUCUAAGUGAAUAUGUCGACCCAGGCACGUUUCCAGAGUCCAAGACCAGGACUAGACGUUCGCCCAGUACGCUGUCUUGUGACUCGGUUGGGUCUCCUCCAGUGCAGUCUACUGGCAAGAGUAGUGGCACCGGCGAAGAGUUUCGAGGAGGCAACCCCUUGAGUGGACACGGUGAUGUCCUUAACAAGCCUACCCUAGAUCUUACGGAGCUUUUCGAAGCUUCUCAGGGCAGCCUUGGGUUCGGAGAUGGAGAUGACAUGCCCGAACUGGAAUACAUCUUGGGCAAGAGUAUUCGAAUGAAGACAGAUGGUGCAACAGCGGUUCCUCUGGCAAGGGGCUCCCGAAGGAGACGCAUUAUAGACAGUGAUGAUGAUGAGGAUGACUGA